AUGAAAAUUGUCAUUGUCCUUGCUGCCUUGAUUGCCAUUGCCGUAGCUGCACCAGCACCAAAUGAACAUGCCGAAAUUUUGAAAUUGGAUUCCAAUGUUGAACAUGAUGGCUAUAGUUUUGAUGUUGAAACCAGUGAUGGUACAUCCCGCCAUGAAGAUGGCAAAGUAAAGGAUUUCGAUUCUGAACAUCCAGCCAUUGUCGUGCACGGCACCUUCACCUGGAAGGAUGAACAUGAUGGCAAAGUUUAUACUGUCAACUAUGUUGCCGAUGAAAAUGGUUUCCAACCCACCGGAGAACAUCUUCCCAAAUUGCCAGCUAUCGCCCAUGCUUAA